CAGCAUACUGGACUCACAGUCAUCCAAGGGUGGUGUUUCUCCACACUUAGGAGGACGGGACGAGAGACCACCCACUCUCCAAUCCAGUUCUGGCGCAUCAUCGCAAACAGCAAACACUCGAUGGAUUCCGCCCAGUACUCAACCCAGGGAUGGUCCCAAGCUCAAAGACAAAAAUGACAACAUCUUUAGGCGAGUCAGAGGGAUUCUCAACAAACUUACUCCAGAAAAGUUUGAUAAGUUGAGUUUAGAGCUUUUAAAUGUAGGGAUUGAGACUGAGGUCAUCCUGAGAGGAGUUAUUCUUUUGAUUUUUGAAAAGGCUUUGGAAGAACCCAAGUAUAGUUCAUUGUAUGCCCAGUUGUGUCACAGACUAUGUGAGGAUUCCCCUAACUUUGACCCCCCAGGCAACCCUGUUACAACUUUUCGGCGACUCUUGUUAAACAAGUGCCAAGAUGAGUUUGAAAAUCGUUCUCACGCAACAGAGGUAUUUGACAAGAAAGAUGUGCCGCUCACAGAAGAGGAGUGUGAGCAGUACCACAUUGUCAAGAAGAAGAUGCUGGGCAACAUCAAGUUCAUUGGUGAACUUGGCAAACUGGACAUGUUGCAUGAGGGGAUUCUACACAAGUGCAUCAAGCAACUUCUGGAGAAGAAGAAAAACUCACAGCUUAAGGAUAUGUCGGAGGACCUCGAAUGUCUGUGUCAGAUAAUGCGCACCAUUGGCCCGCGUAUAGAUACACCUAAAGCGCGGGCCUGGAUGGAUCAGUAUUUUGAGCGAAUCAACCAGUUUGCUAUCAACAGCGAUCUCCCGUCGCGUAUUCGUUUUAUGCUUCAGGAUGUUAUUGAGCUUCGCGAGAAUGACUGGAAGCCACGAAAAAUAGCUUCAGAAGCAGGACCUAAGACAAUUACUCAGAUUAGACAGGAGGCGGGCGCUAAUGGUCCCCGUGGACAGAACAACCAAUCUUUGCUACAGUCUCGCAUGCACAUGAACAGCAUUCCUGGCAGUAACUGGAAGGGUGGCCUGGGAGAUAUCUUCAGUAUGCCAGUUGGCUCUUUGGGUAAUGCUAUUGGUGUUGGCCCUGGCGUUAUUCAAGUAGAUUCCUUUUCUACCAUGCCACAGACAUUCAACAACAUGAACAGAAAUCGGUUCAGCCAGCAAAACCCAAGUUAUCAAAAUAAUUUUCAAAACAACUUUAAUAACAAGGGCCGCGGGAAACCCCAGCAGCAACAGCAGGAUGGGAGCGGCUCUCCCAACAAUCAGCGACGCAACAACAACAACAACAACCAGGGUGGAGGUGGUGGCAAUAGCGCCAGCGGCAGUGGUAGUGGUGUUGGGGGUGGUUACAACAAUCAAACAAAUUACCAACCCAACAGUCACUUCCAGCAGCAGUCUCAAAAUAAACAAGGAGGUGCAAGUAGGGACUUGCCCCCACGGUUCCAGCGCAUGGCCCAGCAGCAGCAGACACAGCAGCCUGGUGUGGGCCUGUCAGGAAGCAACAUCAUGAUAUCGGGCUCUGCUCCGUUGGGUGCUCCCAACCAACCCUCGCCUUCGGCUUCCCCACCUCUGUCCAUCAUUACUCCAGUCACCAAUGGACUGAAGGAGGAGGUAAGCCUGCGUCCAGUGAAGAACUUCAAUGUGUUCAAGCCGAACACACCAUCUAUGCUGCCCAGGUCAGCCCAGGCGCAGAAUCCAGCUCCCAGAGAGUCCAGCUUCGCCGCCAAGAAGAGCACUGACAUCUCAGAGAUGCUGAAUCCUCUUCUGGACAAGCAGCAGCAGCAGCAACCUGCCCUUGCAAAACAAACAAAAGAGGAGAAGACUAAAUCACCAGUGAAAGAGAAACUCACUAAAGAAAAAAUUGUGGACAAAAUUACAACACUGAUGUCACAGUGCCAUGUCAACCACAAUGUGGCCGAUGCCGUGGCAGACAUCAAAGACAUGAACAUCCCACGCAGGAUGAUACCUGAGCUCCUGGCUAAAAUCAUGCUGGACUCUCUAGGGAAGACAGAUGUAGAACAGGAGUUGUCAAUGAAACUGAUAGAUGACCUGAAGUCUGAAAAUGUCAUCUCAUCGGACCAGUUCAUGGAGGGUUUUAGACAGGUGUGCAACCACAUGAGUGAACUUGAAACAGACAUCCCCCUGGUGAAGUCACAUGUGGCACAGUUUGGGGCCCUGGCAGCCACUUUGGGCCUGGUGUCCCUAAAAGAACUGUCUGAACCAUUUGAGGGCGGUGUCCACUAUCCGCUCUUCCUACUGUGCCUGCAGCACAUGCAUAAGAUCAAGGACAAGCAGUGGUUGGUCGAUACAUUCAACAGGAGCAAACUGGAUCUGCAGAAGAUGUUGCCAGAACUGGACCAGCGUAAAGAACGCAUGCUGGAGAUCCUGGAAGACCGUGGCCUGAGCUUCAUUUUCCCUCUGUUGCGUAUCCAGGCUGAGCUGGGCAGGCAGAUAGCUGCAGAACCUGUGGCUGCCUCAUUGUUCAAGUGGAUUAAAGAAAAGGUUGACCCAUCCCUGCAGUCGGAUCCUGGAUUCAUUAAUGUCCUGGUGACCUGCAUUCUGAAAUAUAUAACAUCUGAGAGUACACUUAAGGACAAUGCUGACGUGACACUCACCCCAGAGAAAUCUCUCAUGGACAAGGAGAAAGAGCUGCUGGAGAAACUCAAGGGUGUCCUACAGCUCUUCUUACAAGACCACUCAAACCUACAGAUGGCUGCCUUGUAUGCUGUACAGGUGUUCUGUUACACAAACCAGUUCCCCAAAGGUAUGUUCCUUCGUUUCUUCGUCAACUUGUACGACAUGGAGGUGAUUGACGAGGAAGUUUACCUGCGCUGGAAAGAGGAGGUAAACGACCAGUACCCAGGCAAAGGAAAGGCAUUGUUUCAGGUUAACCAAUGGCUAAACUGGUUGGAACAAGCAGAUGACGACGAGGAAUCGGAGGAGGAUGAAUAA